UCCGCGAUUCCUCCUGGAACUUUUGCUUUUACUGCGACCUCAACAUGCCGAAGUCAUUCCUGGUCAAGAAGAGCCACUCCAGCAAGAAGCCGUAUCACAGGAACUACUACCUGGAAAGUCAAACUGCCUAUGUUCCAGAAUGUUUGCCCGUGGCCACCUUGCCAACACAGAACAAUAAUUCUGCCCUGACCUGCUUCCCUGGUCUCAUCUUCAACUGCCUGGAAGCCCUGAUAAAUCCAGCUUCUCCGGCUGCGACAGAGUCUCUUCCCCCCUCACCGCAUGCCCCUCUGGACCUCACCAACUCUCCGUUCAGCAGCAGCGGUGAAGAAGAAGAGGAUGCCGGACGUUCUUCAGACCCACCAAGCCCGGAUGUCACCCAGCCAAUGUUCCACUGCAUGUACUGCAGCAAGAGCUACAAAAGUCUCCAGGGUCUGACUCAUCAUCAGGCCACACACCACCCGGCGGCGGAGGAACCAGCUUCUCUGCCCACAGACGGCUCAGCACGGCCAGUCUUCCACUGCAAACACUGCCCAAAGGAAUACACAAGUCUGGGUGCCCUCAAGAUGCACAUCCGGUCCCACACCCUGCCCUGUGUGUGUCCUACAUGUGGCAAGGCCUUCUCCAGACCAUGGCUCCUGAGAGGACACAUCCGCACUCACACAGGUGAACGUCCAUUCGCUUGUCAACACUGCAGCCGUGCGUUUGCCGAUCGCUCCAACCUCCGCGCUCACCUGCAGACACACUCCGAAGUCAAGAAGUACCAGUGCACCUCCUGCUCUCGGACCUUCAGUCGGAUGUCCCUGCUGCACAAACACAACUCCUCUGGAUGCUGCCCUGCUCCCUAGAUCCUCCACCAGAUCUAGUUUUAACUUUUUUUUAAACUCACCUGCAGUGCCUUUUUUUUAAUCGGAGCAGCUGGACAUGCAGUUAAUUCACAGAAGCUUCGUCGGUGCCGGCCGGUCCGGGACUUAUUGCAGCUGUUUGGGUGUGUGGAUGCCAUUCCUCGCCAUACUCUACAUGCAUACAUGGCAUGUGUGUGUAUGAGCAAGUGUGUGUAAAGACAGCUGUCGGGCUCAGCGUGGAGGCGGGGCGCUGAGAGAUGAGCUCGCUCUGGACAACACAUGACCCUCCACUCACCCUGCAAGCUUCUCACAUUUUCUAUGCUGGACAUGAAUGGACCACUGACCAGAAGACACAGAUUCCUUUGCCAAGUGUCUUGAUGGAUUUUUGUUUUUUGUAAUGA